AUGGAGCACCGAACGCGAAGCUGGGCCUUGGGCCUCAGCAUCCUGGGCUUCUUUGCCCUCCUCUUCUCUGCUGGCUUCGUCCAGCAGGCUCAUGCCUCUGAUGACAUCGAGGCCAUGGGCACUGUUAUCGGUAUUGAUCUCGGAACCACCUACUCUUGCGUUGGUGUGAUGCAGAAGGGCAAGGUUGAGAUUCUCGUCAACGACCAAGGAAACCGUAUUACCCCGUCUUAUGUCGCCUUCACCGAUGAUGAGAGACUCGUUGGUGACGCCGCCAAGAACCAGGCUGCGGCCAACCCUUUCCGCACCAUCUUCGACAUCAAGCGUCUUAUCGGCCGCAAGUUCUCGGAGAAGGACGUCCAGACUGACAUCAAGCACUUCCCCUACAAGGUCGUCUCCAAGGAUGACAAGCCUGUUGUCAAGGUCGAGAUGAAGGAGACUGCUGAGGCCUACCUCGGCAAGAAGGUCACCCACGCCGUUGUUACCGUUCCCGCUUACUUCAACGACAACCAGCGCCAGGCCACCAAGGAUGCCGGCAUGAUCGCCGGUCUCAACGUCCUCCGCAUUGUCAACGAGCCCACCGCCGCCGCUAUCGCCUACGGUCUUGAUAAGACCGGUGAGGAGCGUCAGAUCAUCGUCUACGACUUGGGUGGUGGUACUUUCGAUGUGUCCCUUCUUUCCAUCGAGCAGGGCGUUUUCGAGGUCUUGGCUACCGCUGGUGACACCCGUCUCGGUGGUGAGGAUUUCGACCAGCGCGUCAUCAACCACUUCGCCAAGACCUUCAACAAGAAGCACGGUGUCGAUGUUACCAAGGACGCCAAGGCCAUGGGCAAGCUCAAGCGUGAGGCCGAGAAGGCCAAGCGUACCCUUUCUAGCCAGAUGUCUACUCGUAUUGAGAUCGAGUCCUUCUUCGACGGCAAAGAUUUCUCCGAGACUUUGACUCGCGCCAAGUUCGAGGAGCUCAACAACGACCUUUUCAAGAAGACCCUCAAGCCUGUCGAGCAGGUUCUCAAGGAUGCCAAGGUUUCCAAGUCCGAGAUUGACGAUAUCGUCCUUGUCGGUGGUUCCACCCGUAUCCCCAAGGUCCAGGCUCUUAUUGAGGAGUACUUCAAUGGCAAGAAGGCUUCCAAGGGUAUCAACCCUGACGAGGCUGUCGCUUUCGGCGCUGCCGUCCAGGCUGGUGUUCUUAGCAACGAGGAGGGUACUGAGGACAUCGUUCUCAUGGAUGUCAACCCCCUUACCCUCGGUAUCGAGACCACGGGUGGUGUCAUGACCAAGCUCAUCCCCCGCAACACCCCUAUCCCUACUCGCAAGAGCCAGAUCUUCUCCACCGCCGCCGACAACCAGCCCGUCGUCCUUAUCCAGGUCUACGAGGGUGAGCGUUCCAUGACCAAGGAUAACAACCUCCUUGGCAAGUUCGAGCUUACCGGCAUUCCUCCCGCCCCCCGUGGCGUUCCCCAGAUUGAGGUCUCCUUCGAGCUUGAUGCCAACGGUAUCCUCAAGGUCUCUGCCCACGACAAGGGCACUGGCAAGGCCGAGUCCAUCACCAUCACCAACGAUAAGGGCCGUCUUACCCAGGAGGAGAUUGACCGCAUGGUCGCUGAGGCCGAGAAGUACGCUGAGGAGGACAAGGCCACCCGUGAGCGCAUUGAGUCUCGCAACGGUCUUGAGAACUACGCUUUCUCCCUGAAGAACCAGGUCAACGAUGAGGAUGGCCUUGGUGGCAAGAUCGAUGAGGAGGACAAGGAGACCAUCCUUGACGCCGUCAAGGAGGCCCAGGACUGGCUCGAGGAGAAUGCCGCCACUGCUUCCGCUGAGGACUUCGAUGAGCAGAAGGAGAAGCUCUCUAACGUCGCCUACCCCAUCACCAGCAAGCUUUACAGCCAAGGUGGUCCCGAGGGCGCCGAUGAUGAUGAGCCCGCUGGCCAUGACGAGCUCUAA